GAGAAAGAGAGAGAGACAAAGAGAGAGAGAGAGAGAGAGGUGAUACAGCCGAAGACACGCGCUACAGAAGACGGACUAAGGCACGCGACAUGUCUCAAGGAUUCAGGUGCGCGAGGAAAUGCCCCGGGUGUCGUGCUCACAGAUCGUGGUCGCUGGGAUAAACUCGGAUGUAGCCUACUGACAGACAGCAGAUAGUAUGCCUGCACAGUUGGUACGGCUCACGCAAUGUGGCACAAUAUGGCACGCGUAAAGAUGGGUCUCUUCGCUCUCCUGUUCCUCCCAACGUUUUUCUUCCGUGUCCUCGUGCUCUCCCACAGCAGCAGCAUCAAUGAGCGAUCGGCGGUGCCUCGCGCCGUGGUCCGCUCCGUAGCUCGUAUGGAUGGAGACGUGAUCAUCGGUGCGCUGUUCUCCGUCCACCACCAGCCGUCUGCGGAGAAAGUGGCCGAGCGGAAGUGCGGGGACGUCCGCGAGCAGUAUGGCAUCCAAAGGGUGGAGGCCAUGUUCCACACGUUGGACCGGAUCAACGCUGACCCGAACCUGCUACCCAAUAUCAGCCUGGGCUGUGAGAUCCGAGACUCUUGCUGGCACUCCUCUGUGGCUCUGGAGCAGAGCAUCGAGUUCAUCCGGGACUCUCUCAUCUCCAUCCGGGAUGAUAAGGACGGGUCCAAAUGGUGCAUUGACGGCACCCCGUCCCACCAGCCUCCCCCGUCCAAGAAACCCAUCGCAGGAGUGAUCGGACCGGGAUCCAGUUCUGUGGCCAUUCAGGUGCAGAACCUCCUACAGCUCUUCAACAUCCCCCAGAUCGGCUACUCCGCCACCAGCAUCGACCUGAGUGACAAGACUCUGUUCAAGUACUUCUUGAGGGUCGUGGCCUCAGACACCCUCCAGGCCCGGGCCAUGCUGGACAUUGUCAAACGGUACAACUGGACCUAUGUAUCUGCAGUGCACACUGAGGGAAACUAUGGGGAGAGUGGCAUGGAGGCCUUCAAGGAGCUGGCCUCUCAGGAAGGUUUAUGCAUUGCCCACUCGGACAAGAUCUACAGUAACGCAGGGGAGAAGCACUUUGAUCGCCUUCUGAGGAAACUACGGGAGCGUCUACCCAAAGCUCGUGUAGUGGUGUGUUUCUGUGAAGGCAUGACUGUCCGAGGUCUCCUGAUGGCCAUGAGGAGACUUGGGGUGUUCGGGGAGUUCCUCCUCAUCGGCAGUGAUGGGUGGGCAGACCGUGACGAGGUUGUGGAGGGUUAUGAGCAGGAAGCAGAUGGAGGAAUCACCAUGAAGCUUCAAUCAGAGGUGGUCAAAACCUUUGAUGAUUACUACCUGAAGCUGCGCCUGGACACUAACACCAGGAACCCCUGGUUUUCUGAGUUCUGGCAGUACCGUUUCCAGUGCCGCCUCGCGGGCCACCCACAGGAGAACAAAAACUACAAGAAAGUCUGCUCCGGUGAUCAUGACCUUCAAGGUGGAAAUGAAAGUCUGCAUGAAAACUAUGUUCAGGAUAGUAAAAUGGGAUUUGUCAUCAAUGCCAUCUAUGCCAUGGCUCAUGGCCUCCAUGAUAUGCACAAGGAGUUGUGUCCAGGGCAGCCAGGGCUCUGUGAAGCCAUGGACCCCAUCGAUGGCAGCAAGCUGCUGGACUACCUUCUGAAGACCUCCUUCAGAGGAGUCUCUGGAGAGGACAUCUAUUUUGAUGAAAACGGAGACACCCCAGGAAGGUAUGACAUCAUGAAUCUACAGGGUGUUGGUGAUGGCAGCUAUGACUACAUAAACGUGGGCUCCUGGCAUGAGGGCAUCCUAAACAUCGAUGACCAGAAGCUGUGGUUGAACAGCAGUGACAUGGUCCGCUCAGUCUGCAGUGAGCCUUGCUCCAAAGGACAAAUCAAAGUGAUCAGGAAGGGCGAGGUGAGCUGCUGUUGGAUCUGCACCACGUGCAAGGACAAUGAGAUUGUCCAGGAUGAGUUUACCUGCAAGGCAUGUGAGCUGGGAUGGUGGCCCGAUGAUGACCUGGAAGGCUGCCAGCCCCUGCCUCUGAAAUAUCUUGAUUGGGCAGAUGUGGAAUCCAUGGUGGCAGUGGCUUUCUCCUGUGUGGGCAUCCUGAUCACUUCCUUUGUUACGUUUGUGUUUAUCCAGUACCGUGAUACACCUGUGGUUAAGUCCUCGAGCAGAGAACUCUGUUAUAUCAUCUUGGCUGGCAUCUUCAUGGGCUACAUCUGUCCAUUCACCUUAAUUGCCCGUCCAACAGUCACCUCCUGCUACUUGCAGCGCCUCCUGGUGGGCCUUUCAUCUGCCAUGUGCUACUCUGCCCUGGUAACCAAAACUAACCGCAUUGCCCGCAUUCUGGCAGGCAGCAAGAAGAAGAUCUGCACCAAGAAGCCCCGUUUCAUGAGCGCCUGGGCGCAGGUGGUGAUUGCCUUUAUGCUGAUCAGUAUGCAGCUAACUCUGGAGAUCACACUCAUCAUUCUGGAGCCUCCUGAGCCCAUCAAGUCAUACCCAAGCAUACGUGAGGUCUACCUCAUUUGUAAUACUAGCAACAUAGGCAUGGUGGCGCCACUGGGCUACAACGGCCUGCUAAUCAUGAGCUGCACCUACUAUGCCUUCAAGACGCGGAACGUUCCAGCCAAUUUUAAUGAGGCUAAAUAUAUUGCCUUCACAAUGUACACUACCUGCAUCAUCUGGUUGGCCUUUGUGCCAAUCUAUUUUGGCUCAAACUACAAGAUCAUAACCACAUCCUUCUCCGUCAGCCUGAGUGUAACAGUGGCACUGGGGUGCAUGUUCACACCUAAGAUGUACAUUAUCAUCGCCAAACCAGAGAGGAAUGUCCGAAGUGCCUUCACCACAUCUGAUGUGGUGCGAAUGCACGUUGGAGAUGGAAAGUCGCCUCAAUGCAAGAACAGCAGCAUCCUGAAUAUGUUCCGCCGGAAGAAGCCUGGGUCGGGCAAUGCCAAUUCUAAUGGCAAGUCUGUGUCAUGGUCUGAAUCAGGUGCAAGACACCCUCCGAGGGGGGGGAAUGUGUGGCACAGACUGUCUGUGCAUGUGAGGAAACAGGAAGCCGGCUUGAAUCAGACGGCGGUCAUCAGGCCCCUAACUAACACCCCCGACCCCCACAGUUGUGAGCCCUCCACCUGCGACCUUGGCACAGAACCACGUCACCCCCAAGAACCACGCGGUGCUAAACCUCUGUACAACCUGGUGGAGGAGGACGACGAGGGUGAUUCGCAGCGCCCCCUCUGGACUCCGACUUGCUCUGGACAGAUGCAAGGGCUGGAGUCUAAUUUAAAUAAGCCGUCUUCUUAUUUGCCCUCUCACUUGAAGGGCUGCACCGCAGAGCGCUUGCAGGGGGCUGUGGUGGACACACACAGCUCCUAUGUCCCUGCACUGAAUGACCACGCCACUGGGGAGGCAAUCCCUGCCAACGAGCCUUUGAGCUUGACCCCCUCUCAGCUUCCUUUGGCCCCACAAUUGGGGACGUUUGAAGAAGAUGGGUCUGAGGAUGAGGAACUGGAUCUCUUGCACAGCUACAUUUAUGAUGCCAAGGAGGAGGGGGAGGGGUCGGACAGGGAAGGCGAGGAUUUAUCUCAGAACAAGCCAACUCUGGAGGAUUCCCUAGCUUUGUCUCCCCCCUCCCCCUUCAGAGACUCUGUGUGUUCGGGGGAGUCUGUCAGCGACUCCCCCAUCAUGGAGUCGAUGCUCGGAAACCCUCCUAGCUCAGUCUACACCUCAAACAUCCUCGAAGACUUCGCACACAGCUCCUCAACACUGUGAGAGCAAAACAGGCGCUGACACACUUUUGCAUUACACAGACGUGCAUUUCCACAUACAGGUUCACACACACACAUACACACACACACACACAGACACCCACACACGCAUACU